AUGAGGGCGUGUGGCACUGCGCACGCCUUCGUGUGCUGUGCUGUGCGUCUGCGUGCGCGUGCGCGUGCGCGUUCUCGUCACCCUCACCCCUCGUUGUCUAUCAUAGCGCCCUGCUCAGCCUCGGACCACAGCGAUUUGAUGAUACUGAUGAACCGUCUUACUACCUUAAUACCAGUCUGCCUCCAGCAAGAUUCUUCGAAGCGCCAACGCCCCCCGCACCGCCCCCGACGCGCUCGAGACCUCGGUCGCCCAAGCUCUGCUCGAUCUCGAGAACGGCGUCGCCGAGCUGAAGGCCGAGCUGCGACCUUUGCAAAUCUCGGCGGCUCGAGAGGUGGACAUCAAGGGUGGUCGCAAGGCCAUCGUCAUCUUCGUGCCCAUGACUCAGCUCAAGGCUUUCCACAAGAUCCAGGGCCGGUAAGUCAAUGCGCGCUCAAGCGAUGCGGUCCUUUUCUCUCGGCUUCGAGCCUGACCCUCGCUUUUGCCCGACCAUAGUUUGACCCGCGAGCUCGAGAAGAAGUUUUCAGAACGCCAUGUCGUUUUUAUCGGACAGCGACGAAUGAUGCGCAAGCCAACCCGCGGUUCCCGACAAAAGCAGAUGCGCCCUCGCUCGCGCACGCUCAAGGAGGUCCACUCGGCCAUCCUCGACGACCUUGUCUUCCCCACGGUACGUUUCUGACCACUCUUCCCCGACGCUACCAUUAUCUCCACCCCCCCAAUGUUCGGUAGUCACGUCUGUGGCUCCGAGGAAGCUUCGCUCGCUCCCACGCACCCCUCGGGGAACGAGCACGAUGAAGCAUCAAGAGGAAAGGUUGGAUACAGCGAUGUGAAGCUCCCUCUUGAUCGAGGGAGUGGAUUGCGGUAUCACCUUGACAAUAAGGUACUUAUUUCUUGGUGUUCGUCCCGUCCCUUUUCUGACUCUUGUGCAGGAGGUGACCGGAAAGAGAACGAGGCAAAACGUCGACGGCUCGAAGUUGAUCAAGGUGUAAGCGACGUUUGACCUUGUUCGAACCGUGAUGUUCGACUUUGUCUGAUCAUUACGACAUCCGACUCUUGACAGAUUCCUUGACCAACGCGAUGCCACCUCCCUCGAGUAUAAGCUCGAGACCUUCUCGUCGGUCUACCGAAAGUUGACUGGAAAGGAGGUUCACUUUUCGUUCGUGGCCGGUCAGGAUACCGCGUAA